AUGGCUACCCAGGUCGGAACAAUAGAUCAGAGCAGAGGCAAGAAAGAGGCCAAGGCCGUCCAGCGUGCUCAAGGCGGUCGAGUGGAACAGGAAGGAUUGCGUACGUUGAUCUGGGGAUUGCGCUGGCUGGUUUGUCCCAUCACACUGGAGAUUGUGUUCCUGUAUCACCCUAUCAUUCGCCUGAUCACAGAGCUCUAG